AUGGCUAGAAACCAAAUUCUCCUAUUCAGAGAAGCAGGCCAGGAGUAUGGCAUGGUCCGCAGUUAUCUAGGGCACGGCUGCUUCAAUGUCCAGGUUCUGGGCGUAGAGGACGAUAGUAGCCCGUGCAUCAUUAUUGCAGUGGUUCGAAAACACAUUUCCGUAGCGGCAGGCGACAUUGUGCUUUUGUCUGCAGAUGAAUCUACGUCAGAGCAUGUUGAGAUCGUCAAGGUCUACGAGGAACGUGAGGUUAAAGAGCUAAUUGUUCGUGGUGAGAUACCUGGCCGUUUUGAGAUUGCUCCCGAAAAUUAA